AUGGCUACUAGCUGGGUUUUGUCUGAAUGUGGCCUAAGACCUCUUCCUAGAAUAUACUUACAAACCAGAGCUGGCGUUACAACAAAAAGUUGCAAUCUUUUCAAGCUUAAACAAUUGCCAGUCUCAGAAAGUUACAAUCUUGAUCCUUCUUUCAAUAUUUCAAGUUGCUCUAAACAAAGAAAUUGGGCAUUAAAUGUUGCUGCUCCAGUUAAUAAUUUCAGAACUGUGAGUGCCCAAGAGGAUGAUAAAGAAAGAGAGGGUGUUAAUGAAGAGGUGAAGGGUGAAGAAGAAUUCUUUGACCCUGGUUCUCCACCACCUUUUAAGCUAGCUGACAUAAGAGCAGCCAUACCCAAACAUUGUUGGGUUAAAGAUCCAUGGAGAUCUAUGAGUUAUGUUGUGAGAGAUGUGGCUGUGGUUUUUGGAUUGGCUGCUAUUGCUGCUUUUUUUAACAAUUGGGUUGUUUGGCCUCUUUAUUGGUUUUCUCAAGGGACCAUGUUCUGGGCUCUCUUUGUUCUUGGCCAUGAUUGUGGACAUGGGAGCUUCUCAAGUAAUCCAAAGUUAAAUAGUGUGGUGGGUCAUCUCCUUCAUUCUUCAAUCCUUGUUCCUUACCAUGGAUGGAGAAUCAGCCACAGAACUCAUCAUCAAAAUCAUGGCCAUGUUGAAAAUGAUGAAUCAUGGCAUCCAUUGUCUGAGAAAAUCUUCAAAAGUUUAGACAACCUCACUAAGAUGUUAAGGUUCACUUUGCCAUUCCCAUUGCUUGCUUACCCUUUCUAUCUGUGGGGCAGAAGCCCUGGAAAAAAAGGAUCUCAUUUUCAUCCAGACAGUGAUUUGUUUGUCCCAAAUGAGAGAAAAGAUAUUAUUACCUCAACUGCUUGUUGGAGUGCAAUGGCUGCAUUGCUUGUGGGCUUAAAUUUUAUACUGGGUCCUAUUCAAAUGCUUAAACUCUAUGGCAUCCCUUACUGGAUCUUUGUUAUGUGGUUGGACCUUGUGACCUACUUGCAUCACCAUGGUCAUGAGGAUAAGCUUCCCUGGUAUCGCGGAAAGGAAUGGAGUUAUCUGAGAGGAGGGCUUACAACCGUUGAUCGCGAUUAUGGAUGGAUCAACAACAUCCACCAUGAUAUUGGUACUCAUGUGAUUCAUCAUCUCUUCCCUCAAAUUCCACACUAUCACUUAAUUGAAGCAACUGAAGCAGCUAAACCUGUGAUAGGGAAAUACUACCGGGAGCCAAGAACAUCUGGACCUCUUCCCUUUCACUUACUAGGAAGUCUAGUGAGAAGCAUGAAAGAAGAUCACUAUGUGAGUGAUACUGGAGAUAUUGUAUACUAUCAAAAAGAUCCUAAUCCAUGGGGUGGUAAGAAAACAGAAUAA